AUGCCACAUUCCAUUCUCCCAACUCACAAGAAAGUGCUUCAUAAUCACGGCUUUCAUUUCCGGGCAGACUUUACCCCUUCAAUCCCAUUUCCGUUCUGUUUAUCUCAGAACCUCUGUCUCAAGAUAUGGAGCUGCGUCAUCUGUCGUCGUCGCAAAGUUCGUUGCGAUAGACGAGAUCCAUGUUCAAACUGCGUCAAGAACAACAUUGAGUGUCACUUUCCAGUGACCGGUCGCAUCCCUCGACGGAACCAGAAUCCCAGUGCCUACAAGUCUCCGGCACAGAAGCAGUCGGAGCUCCUCGGUCGUCUUAGGCGUCUGGAGUCUGUUGUGACCGAACUUGCAGCACAAGUUGAAGAUGAGACGGGUCCAACGCCCGGGGAAUCUGAUGUGACCGAGUCCUCAUUGACGGUCUCUUCAACUGGCCAACAAGCUGGCAGUGAAUAUGACGAAGAGUUUGGUCGUCUAGUCGUCGACAAAGACGGUGGCCUCCACGUCGGAAACCGCUUCUGGUCCGUCUUUUGCGGCGAGGUGGACAACAUCCUACAAGCAGUGCAUGAUGUUGCCGAGUACUCCGGGUCAUCUAGCGACUCAAUUAUGCCAGAGCCUGGUCUUGAAAGCGGACCAUCUCCUCUCAGCCAUCUGGGCUUCGUCUUUGGCAACGCCGACUUUGCCAAGGCUCUUGAUGGCCUCAACCCCAUGCCUUCUCAGAUGUUGUUCAUCUGGCAAGCAUACGUUGAGAACGUGGACCCCUUCAUCAAAGUCCUCCAUGUUCCGACCGUCGAAAAGGUCGUUCGUGAAUUAAGAGGCAACUUCAGUUCCUACGGUGCCAACAUGGAGGCAUUGUUAUUCGCAAUCUCACUCGCGGCGAUUACAUCCAUGGACGAAGAAGCAGUGUCGUUCAACUUCAACACACCAAAAUCCCAGCUUAUCCAACGGUAUCAAUUUGGAACUGAGCAAGCUCUCGCACGUGCAGAUUUUCUCGUCACCAAAGACAUCAUUGUCCUCCAGGCACUCGUCGUUUAUCUGUCCCUGCUUCCCCAUCUUGGAUCCAAGGAAAAGGUAUGGCCAAUGAUGGGCCUAUCUCUGAGGCUUGCAAAGUCGGCUGGACUUCACCGCGAUGAUGCUAGACAUACGAAAAGUCAACUGGAAAUAGAAACCAGGCGGCGCCUGUGGUGGCAGAUCUGCUUCGUGGAUUCCCAGAGUCGGAGGGCUGAGGCCCCUGAGCUGUCCAUCACGUCGUCGUCCUUUGACACGAGCAUACCCUCGAACUUGAACGAUAUCGACCUGCUCGACGGUGCGCCAUCUCGCCUACCAGUAUCCCAUGAGAAGCCGACAGCCACGACACUGUGUCUCAUCCGCUGCGAACUAUGGCGACUAACACAGUCGUUACGUGACAACACAACCAAGAGCCCUGAAUCACAUCUUGAGCUUCUCAAUCUAACCAAGACAAAGAUUGAGACCAAAUAUCUCUGCCACCUCCAGCUAGACAGGCCUUGGGACAGCUUCAUCAAGACCAUGGCGACGCUCUUCUUCUCCAAGGUCGAGCUCCUCAUUCGCCGGCAACACAACUCACAACACUCGAACAACACGUCCCUAGAGCCAGCCAUGAACACCAUCAAAUCCGUUCACGCCCUCAAGACAAACCCUUCUUGGUCCAGGUGGCGCUGGCAGCUCCAGGGUCAGGUUCCGUGGCAUGCAAUGGGAGUAUUUCUUCGUCAGGCAUGUCGCCAACCAUGGAUACCUCCUCUGGAAGAAACCUGGCAAGCCACUCAAGAACUCAUUACUUCCACCCCGGAGAGCAUGAAAUCAGGACCAAUGUGGCAGUCACUGAUGAGCUUAUCUGCAGGGGCACAAGCACACCGAGAAAGGGAAUUAGAGGCUGAGGCACAGCCAGGCAGCCGGGCCGGUGAUCCCACGAGUUUCAAUGCCGAGGCAGCUGCGAUUAUUCACUCACAUGAUCCUAUCACAGUCAGCGCAUCGAGUUUUCAAUCUUCAUUGCAUAUAUCUCCCCCAGACCCUGGCAAUCCGUUGAUGCAUCAACACGGUAUUGGGUUGCAUGGAACAUCCAAUAAUCCUCCAUUCUGGACUCCAGCAGGAGACAUGACAGGCUUUGGACAAGUUCACCCUCCUGAAGAUAUUUCGAUACUUGACGAUACUUCCCUGAUGGAUUGGGAGGCUUUAGCAGAUAUGGAUGGGUCGUGGGCGACAUGGGACCUUUUUUGA